UUACACCAACAGCCUCGUUGCGCUUCUCGCUUCGCUACACCUCCCUAAGACCUAGCAGACUGAGAGGGGAAGAGUGAGAGAGGCAUGCCGUUCCCGGAACCUGCGCCCUUGCCAGAGUACGUCUUCGACGGCUCUCACUCGGAGGAUGACAACUUUCUCACAUGGGUGACAGUCCUGGCUCGCCAGUCCUUCUCCCGCAAGGGCCACAUGGCAGCCAUGAUCGUCCGUCCACCCACACCCGGCAGCUACGACCCUCGCACCUCUUCUGCACCUUCGACCUCAUCUGGCGUCCUCUCGACUGCAACGCCAAGGUCCCGGGUGGUAGUGUACGCCAACAACUAUCCAAUCAACUACGUGCAGAACCAAAAGGCAGUCAGCGAGAUCCACGCCGAGACACACUGCAUAGCGCUUGCAGCCCGAAGGGGGGAAAGUAUCGAAGGGUGUACGCUGUACGUCACCUUCCCACCUUGCAACGAAUGUAGCAGGAUCAUCCUCGCUGCCGGGAUCAAAAGAUGCGUAUUUCGAAAGGGACUGACUAGGGAAAAGAACGAGCAGAUCUUGGUCGCAGCUGCAGCGCAUGGGAUGGAGAUGCUUGGCACGUCUGCGGUGUACAGGUACCUCCCGUCGCUAGCUAGGAGCGAGCAGAGCUCCAGCUGCGUUGCUUCCGAAGCUUCUGCGAUGCCCAGCGAGGAAAACCUGCCCUUCCUCUUACAGACCGAACGUGAGCAAGACGACGCCAGAGAGGCGAGUGCAAAGGUCACGUGGGACCGAAAUGGGGAAACGCCUCACGGUACCCGCACCCGAGUGGACGACUUUUGGAAGGACUGGCUAGCUAGGCAUGGAGCUAUCGCUAAGAAGCUCGAGGAGGAUUGGGCUACAUGGGAAGCGAUCGAGAAGAGAGGCAAAGAGAGGGAUGGCUUGCGGUGGAUGGGCAAGCUGGCAGAGCAAAGUGCGACGCAAAAGAGAGCCGAAAGAUCAGACGAUGCAAAUGACGUGGGAAAGGGAGCUGCAUCACCACAGUCUAGCAAUGGGCAUGUCGCACUCUCUAGCAAGAGAGCUUUGGAUGAGCUGCUGGAAGAUGAGGAAAGAGACGCCAGUAGAGGAGGCAGCAAGAAGACAGCCAAAACAACAAAGGCAGAGGCAGAGGCAGAGGCAGAGGCAGAGGCAGAGGCAGAGGCAGCGGUCUGACCUCUGAAUCACGUUUUCCCACCCAUACAAUCAUCUGUACCACUACCACAUGCCAAAUGCAUUGAUCGUCUUGG